AUGUCCCGCACGCCGUUCGCCAAAUUCCCAAGGGGUUUCGCAGGGCUAUCGGGAUUGCAGAUCCGAUCAUACUCCGUUAGCAAAGUGUACUCGAAUCGUGAUCUUGCUCCUGCUCCCCAUACCUCAACACCAUCCAAUCCAAGAUGGUUUGCAGAGCUGCAAGCCGAACUAAAGCGGCUAAGAAAUGGGCAGAGACCUCCCAAGUGCGUGCAAAGAGCAGAACAACUGUCUCAGUAUUUGGAAACAAACUGGUUGGAGCUUCUCGCAGGUCCGGAAGGUUUCCUCACUGAAAAGCACUGGAAAGCACUGGACAGCCAUGAAGUACUCUGGGGGGCCAUGGAUAGCAUGGGUACGAGCCACGUUAACAAUAUUAUGUACAACCGCUACGUCGAAACUGCCCGGGUCCAGUUCAUCCGUAACCACGGCCAAAAUGCCACAGCUGAAGAAAAGAGGCAAUGGGACGACCUACCAACCCCACGGAGCCUGGGCCUCAUACUCCAGAGAAUCACCACGGAGUUCAAAUUUGUACAGUGUACACAUUCUUUCUUGACACAGGGCCUCGAACUUACCUAUGCUUCUUCUACACAGCCAAUGAAAUUUCCCGAUCAGAUAACUGUGCUGUAUAAAUUACUCGAGCCGCCCACCUACGAAUCAACAUCCCUGAGGAUGGAGGCAUGGAUCUUGUCGCACCAACAUCGCCGGGUGGCGGCAAGAUGCAUCGACGACACUGUCAUCUAUGACUACACGUCCGGGAAAAGAUCGGUACUAAAGCCAUUCAUGGUUGAUAAACUCCAGCAUACAUUUGAACUACAGAGGAUGUGCAAAACGAAAUACACGGAGGAAGCAAGCAAAGCGAUUACGGCUGUUAAGGAGCUCAAGACAGCAUUUCAGUAA